AAGUUAAAAGCUUUUACCACCCUGCAGCUCUGCAGAACACCCACCACGGAAGAAAGGCAGAACACCAUCGUACAGCAGUGAGAUAAUGAAAGCAAGGCGGUGAAGUGAACGGCGAUAACGAAAACGAGAGACGCUGAAGGUGAGCGCCGAUUGUCACAACUCAUCCAACUGUCGAACUUUACGAAAACGCACGCCCAGAUGGAGUUGUGGCGCCAGUGUGCACUGUGGCUGAUCGAAUGCCGCGUUCUGCCUGACAACCACAGGGUCACUUGGGAGGGCGCACAGGUGUGUGACCUGGCUCAGGCGCUGCGAGAUGGCGUGCUGCUGUGCCAGUUGCUAAACAACCUGCUGCCUCAGGCUGUCAACCUGAGAGAGAUCAACCUGCGCCCCCAGAUGUCCCAGUUCCUGUGCCUGAAGAACAUCCGGAUGUUUCUGGGAGUGUGUCAGGAGAAGUUUAAUCUGAGAAAGAGUGAAUUGUUUGAAGCCUUCGACCUGUUUGACGUACGAGACUUUGCAAAGGUCAUAGACACAUUGUCCAUCUUGUCCCAUUCAUCUAUUGCUGUACAGAGAGGACUGCAGCCUUUUCCUUUGGGAGGAAGCAAACCUGAUGAUGAAAUCUACAGCGGCCUGUCUGAUCAGAUAGAUGACACCGUGGAUGAGGAUGAUGACCUGUAUGACUGUGUGGAAGAUGACGAGAACGAAGGCGAUGAGAUCUACGAGGACUUGAUGCGGACGGACGAACAGCCAGAAACUCUGCAGAAGACUGGAGUGGACAAAAGGGAAUGCUGCCUGCAGGAGAUCAGACAGACCGAAGAGAAAUACACACAUACACUGGAAUCUAUAUUACUGCACUUUAUGAGGCCUCUUCAGAAGUUCCUCCAGUGUCAAGACAUCGAAAGUAUCUUUAUCAACAUAGAGGAUUUAGCAAAGGUGCAUCAAAAUUUAUUUGAGGACGUCCAGAGAUCAAUCCUAAAUAAAGGAGCCAAGAAUCUCUACCAGGUGUUCUUAAACUACAAAGAAGGGCUUUUACUGUAUGGGCAUUACUGCAGUCAGGUAGAAAUGGCGACCAAACAUCUAGACAACCUUUCCAGUCAGAGGGAGGAUAUCAGGAUGAAAUUAGAGGAGUGUUCCAAGAGGGCCAAUAGCGGCCGUUUUUCUCUGAGAGAUUUACUCAUGGUUCCGCUGCAGAGGGUCCUCAAGUAUCACCUGCUGUUACAGGAGCUGAUGAAGCACACAGUCGACCCCAUGGACAAGGACAACCUCUGCACGGCUCUUGAUGCCAUGAGAGACCUGGCGCAGUAUGUGAAUGAGGUGAAGCGAGACAACGAGAUCAUCAGACAGAUCACCACUUUCCAGUUGUCUAUAGAAAACAUGACUCAAUCUCUGGCGCUGUACGGUCGUCCUAAAAUUGAUGGCGAGCUGAAGGUGUGCAGCACAGAGAAGAAGUCUAAGCAAGACAGGUACGCCUUCCUCUUUGACAAAGCCGUGUUUAUAUGUAAGAAGAAGAGCGGCGAGACGUUCGAGCUCAAACACACCAUUGAGCUACAUCACUACCAGUUACGAGAUGAACCCGCACCAGAGAAGGAUAAUAAAAAGUGGUCACAUUUGUUCCUUCUACUCGACUGCUACGGGAGGUGUGGGUACGAUUUCUUUUUCAAAACCAGAGAACUGAAGAAGAAAUGGUUGGAACAGUUUGAGAUGUCGCUGUCAAAUAUCUGUCCUGAGAACUCCACGGCCAACAACCACGACUUCCAGAUGCACUGCUUUGAGGAAACCACCUCCUGCAAAGCCUGUUCCAUGCUGUUACGAGGGACAUUUUUCCAGGGGUACCGCUGCACUCGCUGUAAGAUGGCGGCACAUAAAGAGUGUUUAGGCAGAGUCCCUGCAUGCGGACGCAACUCAGAUCAUUCAGGCACUUUGAAGAAGAAUCGGACACAAAGAGCCUCCGGUCUUACCAGCGUUGGACGUCCUAAGAUGGAGGUGUACCAGGAGUAUUACGGCUUGCCGCCACCUCCUGUAGGCUUCGGCCAACCACUUCAGCUCUGCAGAGGUGACAUCAUCGAACUGACGCAGGCCGAACCGGACCUGGCGUGGUGGGAGGGAAGGAAUUUGACAAUUGGUCAAAUGGGAUGGUUCCCCUCAAACAGGGUGCAGCCCUAUAUCUCCAGGCCGACACCUGACCUGUCCGGCUUCCACUGGUUUGCAGGAAACAUGGACCGCAAUGCUGCUAAAACCCUUCUAAUGCCCCGAUCUGAUGGAACCUUCCUCGUGCGGCAGAAAGACGGAGGAGAAUUUGCCAUCAGUGUCAAGUUCAACAUGGACAUCAGACACAUUAAGAUCACUUCUUUCGAAGGCCUGUUCCGCAUCAAUGACAAAAAAGCAUUCAAGGGUUUAGUCGAGAUGAUUCAGUUUUAUCAGGAGAACUCUUUAAAGGAGUGUUUCAAAGAAGUGGACACCAUGCUGCAUACACCGUAUAAACAACCAGAGCACAGUGGCUCCUCUAACAGCACGCCAAAUACCACACCAGGAGGCAGCAUGCGGAGUUUUGGCGUAGCAAGAGCCAGAUAUGAUUUCUCAGCCAGGGAUCGCUCGGAGCUGUCGCUGCGGGAAGGAGACACCAUCAAAAUCCUCUCCAAGAAGGGUCAGAGCGGCUGGUGGAAGGGAGAAGUGUACGGCCGGGUGGGAUUAUUUCCAGCCAACUAUGUGGAAGAGGAAUCCUCAGAUUACUGCUGACAUGGAUGGACAGGAUGCGCGGACAUUCGUCCAAGUCCGGUUAGCAUUAGUUGCAAUAAAACCAAAUGAACCAGUAUGGAUGUGUGCAGGUGAACAUAGAGAUAUUUGUAAUGUAAUAACUAGCACUGUGAAUAAAUGUUUAUCCAGCUAACUGGAGGAGAUUGUGCUUCAAGUAUGUACAGCUAGAGGGCGCUCAGAGUUCAUUCUCACACGAUUAAAAUCAGCUUCAGACUUGAAACUCUGGCAGGCAAAUGGAGGUACGAGACUGGUACCCAUAGCCGACAUGGCUGCAGGUAUGAGACUCAUCAGUAGCUGAAGUGGCUACAGGUGUAAGACUCAUAUCCCGAGCCAACAAGGCUACAGGUGCAAGACUCUUAUACUCUAAUGAACGUGUGCACAGAUAAGGCUUCAAAACGGAUGUGGUUACAGGUACGAGACUUGUAUCCCCAGCUGACGUGGCUACUGGUACCAGACAGGUGCCAGACCCAUGCAAUCACAGGUACUGGACUUGUAUACCAGACAUGUGGACACAGGUAAGAGACGUUCCUGCACAGUGGCACUUUCUGAAGGGCUAUGAUAGAACCCAGUAGGGCAAAGGGUAUUGCAGUAUUGUUAAUUUAUGAACAUUUAUUAGGAUUAUGCAGCGUGAGCGAUCUGAAACUGCUAUCUGGUGGUGCACUGACAUGAAAGUUGUGUAGGAAUGAUGUUUUCCAGUGUGUCAGUUUAUAACAGUCAUUGUUACACUGACAUGGCACCUUGAACUGAUAAUGGGCCAUACUUAAAACCAUGGUUAGCCUUGGCAUAGGUGGUUACAUCAACAAUUGCUAAUGGUUACCAGAAAGCUUUAAUCCCGCGUAAACACAUCAUGAGCAUGUUACCAAUAGAUGCUAAACAUUUGCAAUUUGUGGCAGGCGCUAAACCAGAUGUUUUCAGUGAUAGAACUUUGGAACAUUCUGUCACACAGUAAAUGAUGUUUACUGUAAAUUCAUCAAAGUGUUUCAAAAAUUGUCACACAAACAUUUUAAGUUCCCCCCCCCCAAAAAAAUAUUUUUUUGCUGUUAAUUUAAACAUUUGGAAAUAUUAUACAAAAAUGCUUUGUUUGCCUUCAUUUCUGAACAAAUUUGCACCUAUGUAGUUAAAAUAAGGGGUGCCAAAAAUCUAACAAAUACCGUAACUUAAAGCAUAUCCACCUACAAAUUAAAAAUGUGUACGCGUUUACCACAAAACGUACACAUGCACUUUAACUGCAGCAUUGACACAUUUUACAGAGCCAAAUUUGCAGAAAAUUCUGCAGAAAUAUAAAGUGAAAGAAACAUCAGACUUUCCUGUGUUGGACAAAAGCUGAGCGCUUGAAAUGCUGCUCUUCAAAACUGUGCAGCUGUAUCUGCCACUAGGUGGCAGCAUAGGAUUACCUGAGAGACAAGCUCGGAAUGAAAGUAUCAAUGAUUUGAUUGAUUAUACUCAGAUACAACAAAGUGCUGUCUGUGUAUUUUCACCGUGACACUCACACUCGUG